AUGGCCCCAUCACCAAAACUAGGACCAAAACGCAUUCAGAAUAUUUCUGCCGCUUCGUGCUCGGUUAAAAAAGCUCAAGCCCCUUCCACAUCCAACCAACAGUUACUAAAUGGCCAGGAACGUGUGGAGCUUAAAAAGCUGGAAAAGAUGCUCCCGGUGAGCCCAAAAAACUGCGAUCCAGCUGAAGUCGUUCUUCGUGCCGCCUCUUAUAUCGACCAAUUGGUUGCUACCGUUCAAGCUAGAGUGAAAAAUGGAACACUUCCGAUUGAAGCCCUCAACUCCCUCCCACCUCAAUACUCCACUUCAGUGAAGUCUUCAAUGGCCCGGCGGACAGCUACAAGCACCAAAAAGGCAAAGAGAUCAAUGGAAAAGAAGCGAUAA